UUUCAUUUAAAUGAAUUACCUUCACACGGAUUUUUACGCCUCGUUUACUACCUAAACUUGCACUUUCUCCCUCCACAACUCACUACAUGCCCCCACCCUUCCCACUCCUCCUCGUCGACUGGUUAGUCUGCUACGCUGGCCGACCGCUAGUCACAAACAUUUGUGGUUUGUUUGUUGUCUGCCGUUUCGUUCUUUUGACAGAUCAUUGAAGCCUGCGGCAUUAUGCUGGGUUCAAUCCCCUCAAAUUGCUGCGCUUUGUUUGACGAUUUACUGUAAAUUGUCAGUUAGGCUAUUUUACUAGAAAUAUCCCUGGUGUCAGCAGCGGCCGAUCUCCUCUUUUUUGUUGUUGUUUUUUUGGGGGCUUUUUAAAGGGAAGUGGAGAAAAAUGAUCACAGAGCAAAGUAUUCGAGAAAAUUACCCAUUGCACUGGUGCAUUUGGAAUAAUGAUCUGCAGGGAGUGAAAGAUGGUCUGAGUGGGGCUACCGUUGAAGUUGAAAGAAAGGAUGUCAGAGGUCGCACUCCUUUAAUGUUAGCUGUCACACUUGGCCGUCUUGAAAUAACCCAAGAGCUUAUCCGACAUGGAACUAAUGUCAACACUGAAAACAAAGAGGGCUGGACAGCUGUUCAAGAGGCUGUAGCAACAGGAGAUCCUGAUUUAGUAUCUCAAGUUUUAGAGAGAAGAGACUUUCAGCGGCACUCCUCUCGUGUUGGAGGAGUACCAGAACUACUUCGAAAACUCAAAGAGGCUCCGGAUUUCUAUGUGGAAAUGAAAUGGGAAUUCACCAGCUGGGUUCCUCUUGUGUCUCGAAUGUGCCCAAGUGACACAUACAAGGUAUAUAAACAAGGGUCAAAAGUGCGCAUUGAUACUACACUUCUUGGAUUCGACCAGACUGAUUGGCAUCGAGGAAACACCAGCUACAUUUUUCAUGGUCAAACUAUCAAUCCCCCAUCAGUUCUACGUUGUCAGCGCAGUUACAUAUAUUUCCUUCAAACACUGCAAUCUGGUAUUUCAGCGGACACAGCGACUAUGAUGGAGGUAGACCAUGAAAGUCAUGAAGUGUUUGUAGAGCAAAUGGAGAUGCCUGUCAAUAUUGAACUUGGUGGAAUGUUUCCUACUGACGCAUCAGUUCAGUCUCGACUUCGAUCGCCAAUCGUCACCACGUUUGUAGAUACAGAAAAUAUAAGUUUUGAAAGAAACAAAAGUGGCAUAUGGGGAUGGCGUUCUGACAAAUCAGAAGAUGUCAAUGGCUACUCAUGCAAAGUUUUUAGCUGCAACAAUGUAGCCCUUGUCACAAAAACACGCACAGAGCACCUCUCUGAGAAAGACAAGAUCCGCUCAAAAAUGCCCAGAACUCCACUUCAUAGUUUUCUUGGUAUUGCUCAGAAUGAACAGGUGCAAAAAGCUCAAGGCGCACUUGUUGAAGCUGGUUCGUCAUCUGACACCAACUCUGAGGAAGAAGUAGUGAGAGGAAAUCCUUGCAAUAUCUCUGCACUUGAGUAUUUUGACCCUGAGAUUGAUCUUGAGGGUAGAGAUAUAGGGAGGCCAAAAGAACUGGCUUCUAAAACACAGAAAUUUAGGGCAACACUAUGGUUGUGUGAAGAUUAUCCCUUAGCUCUGCAAGAACAAAUAAUGCCUAUAGUUGACCUAAUGGCUAUCUCUUCUCCACAUUUUGCAAAGUUGAAAGACUUUAUUCAGAUGCAACUUCCUUCCGGAUUUCCAGUGAAGAUUGAAAUUCCACUCUUUCAUGUUUUAAACGCUCGAAUCACUUUUGGUAAUAUCUAUGGGAUGGACCAAGCAGUCGAAGGUGUAACUUUUAUAAAUGAAGAUACAUGGCGUGGAUGUGUUGUAGAUGACUCUGUCUUUAAUGCUCCAGCAUCUUAUAUUAGAAAAGGCUCUGCUUCAAGGAGACAACAUAACUUAGAGGAGGAAGAUGAAUUAUUGCAAUUUGCCAUACAACAAUCAAUUCUUGGGUCUGGAAAUGAACGAGAUGAGGUGGAUAUAUGGGAAGCAUUACGAGCAGCUCCACCUCCACCUCAACAGAGGCCUGCAACACCUUUGCUUGUAGGAGAAGAAGAACGUCAACUGCAAAGGGCAAUCCAGGCCAGCUUAUUAGAAGAAGUAGCAAGAAGUGACUCAGGUAGGGAGCCAAGCCUUGUUCCACUUGUGGACGAAAAUCCUAGAAGUCCUCAGGAUGAUUCUGACUUCCAAGCUGCAAUUGCUCUUAGUCGUCUUCAAGAGGAAGAAGAUGAACGAAUUCGUAAGGAAGAAGAAGAAAUGCUGCAAGAAGUCUUAAAACUUUCAGUAACUGAUAAGUAAAAUGGAAAAAAUGAAAAUAAAAAAGAAGAAAUACCAAAAUUUAGGGAGUGAGAAAAAAGUGUAGCAUUCAAAGUACCCUAUAUUCAGACUGUGCUGACAUGAAGUAUUGCUUUUAUCAUACGUGCAGCUCGUUGUCAUUUAAAAAACAAAAAUGAAAAUAGAUGUAUUUGGUCUUAUGUGGUAUUUACACUUUGGCCACCAUUUAUAUGUGAUGCUUUUUUUCAGUUCUGGUGCUAAAUUAAUGAAUGGAGAUUUACCUAUGUAACAUGGUUGGUAGAUUUUGAAUGCAGUCAAGUGCAUCUGCUAUGAUCCCCUUUUACAUAACUUUGUAUUUUAUUUUAUUUUUGCUUCAUAUUACUGACAUUUAAGGUGCUUCCUAUCACUUUAUUUUUUGUAAUAUGUUUGUACCUUUAUUCAAAGCUUCGUUUUUGAAGUAUUUGAGAAAGUAUUGUCAUUGUACACUAUCUGUGUAAAAGAUUUUGACAUAAGUGUGUGUGUGUGUGUGUUUUAUGUAUGUAUGAGUGCGCGCGCAGAGAAGUUUUAAGUAUUGGCUUGUGGUGUGCUCAACUCUCUUGAACGCGGUGAUUUUAUGAAAAUAUUAAGCAUUUCAUCCAAAGAACGCUUCAUGAGAAUGUCACAAAAAACAAGUAUGGAAAAACUAAUUGAAUCAAACAAUGUAUGAAGUCAUAUCACUUUCAUCAUUUAUUUUCAUCAUUUUGAUUGGAUUUGACUGCAUUUAGGAUCUGAGAUUUAACUUUCAAUGUUAAAACUUGCAAUGUUUUUGUGCUUCUUUUAUCGAAGAAGUAUUAUUACAAUUUUCUUAGAACUGUCCAUUGUGGCUGUGUGUCAGAUGAUCUGAGCAAGUUCAUCAUUGGCACAUUUAACCAAAACUGUCUGUGAUCUGCCUUGAUUUAUUUAUAAUAUGUUACUAUGUUUCUACUCAGUUCCAUCAAACUAGAUAUUAAAGUGCCUAAACUAAA